UCGUCUAUGGUGGAUGGACUUGUUUAUGGGGCGCUGCCAUGCGGUUUAAGUCUCGGUACUUCCUGUGUGAGCUGGUCCUGGAGGACCCCCGCCGGAGGCAGAACAUCUCUCAGGGCACAGUACUGCACACUAUAAAGGAGGCAGUGACUCGCCUGCACGGGGACUUCGGGGCUUCUGCUGUGUCUAUAGCCCUCUCAGUGCGAUACCUUAAUGCAUACACUGGCAUAAUCCUCAUUCGGUGCCGGAAAGAUUACCACCAGCUUCUAUGGUCAUCCCUCCCUUUCAUCACCAACCUAGAGAACAGAGGUCAGCGGUAUCCAUGUUUUAUAAACACAUUACAUAUUGGAGGCACUAUACGAACAUGUCAGAAAUUCCUUAUCCAAUACAACAGGCAACAGCUGAAUCUAUUACUGAAAAACUGCACCAGUUCUAAUGAGAGAGAAGCAAUCCGUAAGUCUAUAGCCAGCUGUUCCUUACAGAAUGUGGAGGAGCCGAAGUUUAUAACGGAGGAUGAAGAGAUGGAAUAACCUGCAUUUGCCACA